GAGAGAGAGAGAGAGAGAGAGAGAAGAGAGAGAACAGAGGGAGAAACUGAGAGAAAAAACACAAGGGAUGCCUCCUUUGGACACAGCAAAGCCACCCUCUAGCUGGGACUCCAACUCUUUAGAAAACAACAUCAAAAGGUGUGCAUUAGGAUAAAUGGCGUGAGAUCUGGAAUGAGAGUCGUUUAUCAGGGUUCCACACACAGCAAGAGGAACACACGGGGAGAGCUACAGAACACAGACCUCCUCACUGGUCAACUCCAAGGGUCAACCGAACCUUUUGAGUCACCAGAGAACCGACAACCACCCGGAUCAGCAAGAGAAAAACACGGUUGUUGUUUCUCACCCUUCAUCAAGCUGAAUCCAACCUCCAGUGGACCAUUGGAUUAACACAUUUGAUAGAUAUAAUUCUGUUUAAUCUCAACAUUGGAUAGUCCCUGUGGAUAUACCAUACAACACAAGAACAGUAGCACUCCUCUCCAUGGCGGACAAUGGGCUCUCCAGGUUAGAGGCUACCUCUAUCACCAGGACCCCCUUCCCCCUGCUCCCCUUGCUGCUCCUGAUGUGGCCCCUGUCUGGGCAGGGCAGCCCCAUCUCCCUGGCCCCAGAGAGACAUCGCCCUGCUCCAGGUCUGGGAGACGGCCACGGGGGCGUCAUAGACCCAUCUCUGUUGGAGCAGGACAGGGACGUGGACAUGCAGAGCCUGCUGGAGAGCCUCCGGACCUUCAAUUUGUCUGGCCUGGGCCCUCCUGCCCAGGCACCUGGCAGUGUCCGUGUGGAGCCGCCCGAGUACAUGAUGGAGCUGUACAACCGCUUCGCCAACGACCACACCGCCAUGCCCACCGCCAACAUCAUCCGCAGCUUCAAGAACGAAGACUCGUCUCCCUGCAGUUUGGGUAGUAGAGGGGUGAGACAACACCCUCUGCUCUUCAACGUAUCCAUACCCCACAAUGAGCGUAUCACCGCCGCAGAGCUGCGUCUCUAUACUUUGGUCCAGACCGAUCGCAACCUCUACGCUGGGGUCGACCGCAAGGUGACCAUCUACGAGCUGGAGCAGCAGGACGGAACAGGAGAGGACAACAGAACAGCGAAGGACACCGAGAGAGGAGGAGCAGUAGGAAGAGGUGGAGGACGGGAGGAGUUAGUAGAGCUGGCAUCACGGCAGGUCUAUGGUACUGAUAACGGCUGGGAGGCCUUUGACCUAACUGCUGCCGUCCAACACUGGCGCAAGUCAGAGUACAGCACCACCCACAGGCUGGAGGUCCACAUAGCAAGCCUGACUUCUGAGGGGGAAAGAGGGCCGACACUAGCAGACGGUGAGGGAGAAGGAGAGGGGAGGAGGAUAUUCAUGGGAGACAUGGAGAUAGACACCAGCCCAGAUGACAGACACAAACCCCUGAUGAUUAUCUUCUCCGACGACCAGAGCGGUGAUCACCGCGAUGACAAGCGGGAGCUGAACGAGAUGAUUGGACACGAGACCUCGGAAGCGGUGCUUCAGGGUGACCUGGAGCUGAAUAGGCUGUGGGGGGAGCUGGGCCGGGCAGGGGGCCAGGAAGAUGAGGAAGAGGAGAAGGAGCAGGACGAAGAGGCCCUGCUCCAGAUGCGCUCCAAUCUGAUCUAUGACACGGCCUCCAGAUACCGCCGUAACGCCAAGGUCAACCAGUGUAAGAAGCAGUCGCUGUACGUGGAGUUUAAAGACAUCGGCUGGGACAGCUGGAUCCUAGCGCCUGCCGGGUACGAGGCCUUUGAGUGCAGUGGCAUCUGCACAUACCCGCUGACCAAACACGUGACGCCCACCAAGCACGCCAUCGUCCAGACACUGGUGAGCAUGAAGAGCCCACAGAAGGUGACGCGGGCCUGCUGUGUGCCCACCAAGCUGGAUCCCAUCUCCCUGCUUUACAUGGAUGACACCGGAGUAGUCACGUACAAGUAUAAGUUUGAGGGCAUGGUGGUGGCAGAGUGUGGCUGCAGAUAGCUAGUCUACCCUGCUGUUCAUAUGGACACGGAGAGAGACAUUCGUGAAGAGAAAUGACAGGGUGAGGAUGGAACAAAGCAAAGACUACAUUUUUAAAGCAAGAUUGGUAUUAGAAUAGAUGGACUCUGAAAUGAAUCUAGAAUCACCGUUGAGAACAGUUGACAAGAAAAACAGCUAUGACAUGUAUGUGUAUAUAAGAUGGAUCUAAACUAAACAGUUUGUACAUUGUGUAUGUAUAUUUUGUAUUUCAGGAAAAUGUAUAUUUUGUUUUGUACAGUAAAAUAUCUAUGAUACCAAUUCAUAAUUCUGUAAUAGAAUCAGUUGGAUGCCAUUUGAAGCUAAGUAACACAUUUGGAAUUUGCUAAAAAAUUUGAGGAAAAAAGUUUGGACCUUUAAAAAUAAACUAUCCUUAGGUCUCUCAAAGGGGUCUGACAAUACAGCAACCAGCCAUACAGUGAUGUCCAAUAGGCUUAGCUGGUGGGACCACAUAGGGUUCUCCACAGUUAGCUCUCCACUGACAUCGAUCUCCUGUCUUCCUCUCCACUUAUCUCUGUUUUCCCCCUCCCUAGACGCUAACACUAAUCCACACCUCAUUUAGCAUGUCUCCCUAACAGCAACAGGCCUCCCAAGGGAAAUACAAACCUGACUGGACUGGACUUCUGGUAAGGGGCCUGCCCUCAUCCUCAUCCCCACCACCUCCCCCUGGCAUUUAGGACAGUGGGCUGAGGUCAGGGCAGCAGUUAGGGUGGGCUGGGUUAUCUCCCUCGAGCCCUCACCCACCUUCCCACAUCGGCCUCAGAGUCAGUCACAUGCCGUGCGAGCCACUUUCUCCCACUCCUCCGCACCGUGCCGAUAAGGAGGUGUUGGCGGUGAGAAACAUGUGCUCCACCACUCAGGACUGGAGGUGCUGGGGGAGCGGAGGGGGGGAUGGCCUGUCAAGAUUCCAUGGUUACUAAUAGAAACAGAUUCUACAGGCUCAACUCACUGACCUACCCCCACCAUGUGGCCCCUCCAACCUCCUCUCCCUCCCUUUGUGUCUUUACCUUCCAUACAUCCCUCUCCCCCUGGCCCUGAAAUCCUUCACGUUUAAGGAAAAGAUUUCCAUAUAUUUGGCCUGUUAUCAUGGACAGGCUGAGAAGAUGAGUGGAGAGUAUGGCACUUCAUGUCUCCCCUCCCAUCCCCUGAGAGUCCUGUGUGGAGUCCUCUCUUGUUGUUCUGUGUUCUUGUAAUACAAAUGUAAUACAGUUCUCUGCUGCUUGGGUAACGUGAAAGCCUAUUUAUUGAUUAAUUUAUUGAUUUUACUAUGACAAGUAGGUGAUUAUGUAAAAUUGUACAACAUGGAUAUGCAUACAGAGGGUGAACAUACAGUACAUACCCUGACCAUAUUGUAGAAUAUGUCUUUAAUUUAUAAAUAUUUUAUGAAUAUUAUAUUUUGUUACCUGUU